AUGCAUUUCAACAUGGGCAAUAACGUCUCUCGAGCGCCAUAUACCAGUCGAAGCUCGGAGUCGGGGUCUUUGUCUUCCGCAUUGAGCACACCUCGAUCAUGGAGUAUCUCGCCGCCGACAUCUCCCAACUAUUCCGAAGGGUCGGAAAGCAUCGGUGAAAAUGGCGCCGGUGAGACUCGAUGUACCGCUGACACUGGAAUCCAUGCUUCGCUGGACCGAGAGAGUUUCAAAAAGACAGAGCGACAGGGCCGUUCGCGAGUCUUCGGCACCCCCUGGUCAACAGAACCCCAUCUUAACAUAUCCGCAUCCAGCAGAAAACAGGACAUUCUUCAGGACAUCCGAACGAGGCGGAUCACAUUUCUGAUCUCGCACGUGGAAAUCAUACUCCCUCUCCUUGGCGGCGCAAAGUCAUUUGAAAAGCUGGCCAGCAGAAACAGUUCCGCACCUGGUAAGAUAGUCGAAUAUGAAAGUCUCGGUGCACAGCCCAGAGGUCUCAGAGCAAAGUUAAAGCCGUACCAGCUUGAAGGUCUGUCUUUCUUGGUAUAUCUGUGCCGCAAUGGCGUCGGUGGUAUUCUUGCCGACGAGAUGGGUCUAGGCAAGACGCUUCAGACCUUGAGCUUCUUCCAAUAUUUGAAAGAAAGAGAUGGUGGACAUUCAAACAGCAAUACGCCCUUUCUCGUCGUGUGUCCGCUAAGUAUCCUGGAAACAUGGUUAACAGAAAUCGAAAAGUGGACACCGGGCCUUCGAGCAGUGAAAUACCAUGGCAGCUUCGAGCAACGGGACAACGUGAAGAAGAUGGUAUCUGCCCAGAAAAAGAUCAGUAUUUUCAAGGGUCCGACAGACAUUGUGGAUAUUGUGAUCACGACAUACGAGACUUUGAUCUCGGAGAUCAACUGGUUCUCAAGGGUUUUCGUUUGGCGAGGCGUUGUCCUUGACGAGGGCCACCGGAUUAAGAACAGUCGUUCGAAGAGAUCGUUGGUCCUCAAUCGCAUCAAAGCAGAGAUGAAGCUCGUGCUCUCCGGCACCCCGAUACAGAAUGACUUGAGCGAACUGUGGUCGAUAUUCCAUUGGCUCUACCCUGAGAUCUUUGUGCAAGACACCGAGAAGCUCUUCCAGGAGGCCUUCUCCGUUAGCGAGGGGAAAUUCGACCCUGCAUUUCUCGAAUGUGUCAGAAAUUUCCUGAGGCUGAUCAUGAUCCGAAGAACCAAGGAUUCGCCCGGAGUUGGAUUGGAUAUUCCGCCCAAAACGGAAACUGUUCUUUCGGUGCCUUUAUCGCCUGCACAGCGCUCAUUGUAUAUGAGAAUCCUUACAGUCAAUUCAAUGUCUGAGGGUUCUGCAGAGACGCUUGGGCCUGGAAAGUACCGCAUCACAGGAAAUAUUCUCAUGGAGCUAAGAAAAUGCUGCAUUCAUCCUUAUCUUUUUGCAGACGCGAUUCCCAGUCCGUAUGAAUUGGGAGAGCAUCUUAUAAAUCAAUCCGGCAAAUUCUUAGUCCUGAAGAAGCUCCUUCAACAUUACGUGACGACCGAGACAAAAGUCAUUGUCUUCUCAAACUUUGAUCAAUGUCUCAACCUAUGCGAGGACCUAGUCAUGAUGCUCCAAGGCAGCAACCGAGUCUUCGAAUACGCCCGGCUCGACGGGAGAACCACUGGGCCAUGGCGCAAGGUUAUGGUGCACCUUUUUCAGAAUGAUCCGAGAUACAAGGUUUUCCUGAUUUCGAUUAGAGCGGGCGGGGAAGGGCUAAAUUUGACCAGCUCCUCUGUGGUUGUAUUCUUGGAUGAGGAUUGGAACCCUCAAGUGAUGCGACAGGCUGAAGCACGAGUGCAUCGAAUUGGACAGACCCGGCCGGUCGUGAUUUAUAAGCUCCGUUCCACAGGCACAGUCGAAGAGCAGAUGAGCCGUCGGCUCGUCAAAAAAGCCUACAUCGCAGACAGAGUGACCGAGAACAUACCCAAUUGCCCCGGAAAUGAUUACCUUGAGAUGCUCAAGGCUGAAGAGGUGAGCAUGUCUCAGAACUCGACGGAUACAUUUGGCUUGCCUUCGCCCAUCUUCGUGGAUCAGACGUUCUUGUCUCAGAAGCAAAUUGAUACAAACGAAAUGUCCCAGUGGGACAUGAGCACCAUUCUGGACAAGUGUUCAAGUACCCAAAAAGACGGAGGGCUCUCUCGUUGUCUGACCGUUGAGCAAGAACAACUCUGGCUCGAGAAGGCCGACAGAGUCAGGACAAACUUGUUCAAUGGGGUGACGAUUGAUACAAGCGGACGCCAUCAUACAGUAUAUGCUGAAGAAGAGAGCAGCAAUCUGCUCCGUUCUAAUCGUCGCAUUGGUAAGGAGAGGACGGUCAUGAUCGAUGGCUAUGCAGUGAGCAAGGAAAGCCUGCGUCCCUCGGUCGAAGAGCCGACGUCCACUAAUGAGGAGUGUGCCUCACCCACGAACACAUUUACCCAUCAAAUAGUGAGUGGCGAUCCGAAUCAAGGAACAGCGCAUGCUAAUACAUCUCAGACGUGCUUCGUAUGUCAUCAGUUCAACGCGGAGGACUGUGACAUAUGCCCUCGUGCUUUUCACCCUGCUUGCCUUGAGAGCGUGAUUGAAGAAGAACAUCCGAGUUCGGGAAGUUCAAUUUGCCCCCAUCAUUACUGUUGGAAAUGCCACAAGAAUGCAUCAGAAGCAGGACGCCUCUUAUUUUGCUGCAGGCGAUGCGUGAGGGCAUUCUGCGACGAAUGCUUCUACUGGGACACCACCACCUUCGUCGGAGCCAACCCCGCGUAUGAGGCGCUGGGGUACUUUUCCAAAAAUGCCUUCUACAUCGACUGUCUUAUCUGCAGGUGCGACGAAAAACGCAAGCAUGCAUCAGAAACCGAAGGCUACUCGGGAAAGCGAAGGAAGUUGGUAGGAGGGGAAAGUUGA